GGGAAGUGACAACUAUGCGCUCAUUUAUCUACAUGAGUUUCAAUUGAACGAACAAGUUAGACUCGUUACACGGUUGUUUUAACGGUGUCCUACGCGAUGUGUGAAUAAAGUGAUAAUUAAAUAAGUGCACGAAGAAAUAUGUGUGGCAAAUUAUUGUUAACAAGCACGGUGAUGGAAAAUUGCGUUACGUGAUAAAUUCGUAUAAACAAACCGGUUUUCGGUAGUGUUUGCAGUGUGAAGUGAAUAUUUGUUUAUCAUGGCGUUUUCUCUCAAUAAGUUGAAGAACAUUUUGAACACAAAUCGGGACAGUCAGCUGGCUGGAAGCGGGAGUCUUGAGCCCGAAAUAGGGUUCAAAUUGGCACUUCACCCCGUCUCUAAGAAUUUGUACGUGACGGUCAUCGGGGCCCGACACCUCCCGUCCUUGUUUGGGUUGAGCCGCGCACAUGGAUACCUUGUUAAGGUCAAAGUGUUCCCGGGUGAGAGCAAAUUUGAGACUACCCUCCAGGAAAGUUCAUGGCCGGUCUGGAACGAAGACUUCAAGUUCCAGCUGAAGCAGAAAGAUGUUAAAAAGCCAGGCAAACCCGAUCUACAAGGAUUAGUCGCCGGGCAUUUCCUGUCUCUCACAAUAUACGCGCUACUCGAGCCGCCGAAAACGGAAUCGGAGAGAAGAAAAAGUGCAAAAACUUUAGACAAUAAGAAGAACCCUAAAGUAACAGACCAGGAAGAGCCAAAAGCGAAAACUGGGUUUUUUGAGAAGACAUUUGGUAGUUUCAAAUCGACUAAGGCCGAGGCGAUCGCGCAGAAAUCUGUUCUGGAGAAGAGAAGGACUGUCGGAGCGGCGACGUGGAAUUUCGAUUCGAAGCUGUUUCAGAAUGAUCUGAAGAAUGGUUUAAUUGGAACUCCAGACAUUUGGAGGCCAAUUAAUGCGAUAGCGAGCGGUCUGGCCGCCACCGACACGAGAAGAGAGAACAAGAAGGGCCAACUGGAAGUGACCCUGUUAUACACAACGAGCGAAGACGGCCUCAACGACGUCGUCACGCUCACUGUCAACAGGCUACGGUGCAGCGUGCUCACCAUGCAGGAACAAGAACAAUAUAAAGGUAAAUAUAAUGCGCUUAACUCCAUAGAGAUCAGGGCCUACCUCGAACCACGUUCGACGUGUUGCCUCUCUGUCCUACUUGUAAAUUCGUACGCAAGUGUCACCCUGUUAUACACAACGAGCGAAGACGGCCUCAACGACGUCGUCACGCUCACUGUCAACAGGCUACGGUGCAGCGUGCUCACCAUGCAGGAACAAGAACAAUAUAAAGCCCCGCUGUAUUUGAAAGCGACAAUAUUGGAAGCCAACAAAGCGGAAUGUUAUUGGAAAAGUGACAGAUUCGUUCCCACUAUAUCGGCAAGGUGGGACCCGAAGUCUGCGACGGUAAAGCUGUCUGUGUUCAGAGCCAGUUUGAGCAAAGUCAGCAUUUAUAUAAGCCUCGGUUGCAAAACCAAGAUGGCGAAGAAGGAAAUACUCGGUAAAGCGAGCAUCGAUGAGAAGUCGGUUAACGCUGAGGCGUGGAACGAAUGUUUGCGGAAACCCGGCAUACCUAAAACAUUUUGGGUUAACUUUGAGUGAUUAGGGAAAACAUUUUUCACUUUUUACUAAUUUGAAUAUCCGUCCUUUAACCUCCUGAGAUAAUACGUGGUUGUAUUUUGACUGACGAAUAAAAAAGUAAUAUAACAUGUAUUAUAUGCAAUUUAUCUGUGUGUAACAGUUGACAAUAUAGGUAAUUAUUAUCAUUCUUAGUCGAAAAACUCAAAAUAGUCAAAAUGGACCUACCACUACUCUCACUGUAUAUUGCGGACUAGGCACUAUCAAUAAGAAUGGUACCUAAAUAAAUGAACUUUUCGCGUAAAAUUUAUUUAAUAACUUUGGCUAACCAUUACUUUGAAUAAAAACAUUUUUUUUGUAAAGUAGGUUAUCGGUGUAAUAAAAAUAUUUUUUUUAUUUAAAUCUAGGAAAAACAUUUGACAAAAAUACAAUUGCCUAAAUUAUAGUUUGGUGAAAAUUGGAUUGACACACGUGCAGCGGGAAAAGUUUGGUUCGGAAAUUAUUAUUUACAAUACAAGUGGGAAAAGUAGGAAAUUUGCAACAAGUGAAGAUACGACUGAAUGGAGUGUUUUAAAUCGACACGAGUCGCGAAUUACCUAUUCGCACGUGUACGAUUACCGAUUACCAUAUGUACCUACUGUAAAGGUUACAAAUAUUUUACUAAAAUAGCAGGAACCCAUCUGACAGUUCUGAGUAAAUAUGGUAUCAAAGUUAAAGUAUGAAGUCUAGUUUCAGAGAAC